AUGAACGGCAACGACUCUGCCUCGCUGUCGCGCGCGACGUCCAUAUCGCGCACGAGCCAUCGCUCGACCCGCUCGCGCGCCCAGUCCCUCGUCCAGAAGGCGACGGCACCGCAAGACCUCCGCCCCUCGGACGUCCUCAUCGAGCGCUUCACCGCAUGGAAAGCCAUCGUCAAGCAGCUCAUCGCCUACUUUGAGGGCAUCGCCGACAUCCAGAACAACACCGCCAAGGAGCUCACCAAGCUCGGCGCCGUCAUCCAGGUCCCUUUCCGCGCCGGCAACCAGUUCCUCGGCGAAGGCGGCCUCCAGGACGUCUUCUACGCCGUCCGCGACAAGACGCGCGCCAUCGCCGACCAGCACGCCAACCUUGGACGCACCCUCGACUCCUCCAUCGUCCAGCACCUCCACAAGCUCCACGCCGAGAUCAAAGCCCACGUGAAGAACAUCCAGAACGACACCGGCAAGCUCGCCACCGCCGUCGCCAAGGAGCGCGAGCUCUCCGCCCGCCUCGUCGGCGAACUCUCCACCUCCAUCUCCGUCUUCAAGAACACGCCCCUCUCCGUCACCUCCCGCGCCGACCCCUACGUCGCCAACGCCGCCGUCCGCGCCCAGCUCACCAAGCAGGUCCACGCCGAGAACGCCCUCCAAAAGUCGAUCAUCGUCAUGCAGCAAAACUCGGCGCACUUUGAGGAGGGCCUCGUCCGCGCGCUCCAGUCCGCCUGGGCCACGUUCGCCGACUGGCAGGCCCGCACCAGCGCCGAAGUGCAGGCGACCUGGCGCGCGAUGGGCGACGCUAUGGCCGGCGUCGAGCCCGACCGCGAGUGGAUCGCGUUCAGCGCCCGCUCCGACCAGCUCGUCGAUCCCGAGACGCCGCUCCGCAACCCGGACCACAUCCGCUACCCGAGCAAAGAAGACCCGAGCGUCGUCGCCGUCCACGCCGGCUACCUCGAGCGCAAAAAGCGCUACACGCGCCACUACAAGGAGGCGUACUACGUCCUCACCCCCGCCGGCUUCCUUCACGAAUUCGCAUCUAGCGACCCGCGCCAGAGCACCCAGCCCGUCUUCUCUCUCUUCCUCCCCGCCUGCACCCUCGGCCCGCCCACGUCCGCGACCUCGCUCUCGGGCUCGCACAAGUUCCACAUCGAGCUCUCCCCGCUCAACAAGUCGACCGGCAAGUCGUCCAUCCGCAAGCGCAUGUCCACCCUCGGCCGCUCCUCCACCCAGGCUUACACCUUCCGCGCCCGGAACCACUCGGAGCUCAUGGAGUGGUGGAACGACCUCAGGAUGCUCUGCAGCCGCUACCUCGUCGCCAGCGAGAGCGUCGAGCGCGGCGGGCCCGUCAUGGCCGCCGUCCGCGCCGCCGGGUACGAAAGUGAAGAGGGGGUGAGUUGA